UACCAUUGUUGGGCCUGUGACAUAAUAAAUAGGCUUCCUUUUAAUAAUAUUCAUUUCUUUAAUGAUUGUAAAGUAGCCAUAACACAUCUGCUGUGUAAAGUAGUUACUCAGUGAUGUAGAAUGACAAAGACUUGUGAUAUUUAAAAAGUGCAAACUAUCCAGAGUUAUAAGUUAACAUAAUAAUAUAUCUACAUUAGUGCAAUUUUUAUGAUCAGGAAAAUACAACAUGGGACCUUAUAUCAGACAUUGAAAAACUCAGAGAACAUCUGGGCAUCAAGACAUGAGUUUUGUUUGGCUGCAGUUGGGGAUCAACAUUAGCAUUGACUUAUGCCAUAACACAUCCAGAAAAAGUCAAGGCCAUUGUUAUACAGGGCAUAUUUCUAUGCACAAGGUUAAGAACAUCUCUAACAAUAAAAUAUAACUUCUUUUUAUAACUGUACAAAAUGUUGAUUAACUUUUAACAGUGCAUUUAUCUUUUCAUUAUUCCAUUCCUGUGGUGCUACAGCCCAUGUAGGGCUUUGGCCUCCCUCACCAAUAUUGUGGAACAUUUAUUUAUAAAUAUCUGGCUAUAAUUUAAAUGUAAAUUGUGUCAAUGAAUUGCUUUUAUACAUAUUUCCAGGAGAGAGAUUGAAUGGUUCUAUCAGGAUGGCUGCAAUAUGAUUUGGCCCGAACUGUUUGAAGACUUUUCAAGUUUUAUUCCAGAGGUGUUUUAUAUUAUUUCUUGUUUAAUCCAUUAUAUUAAUACUAAGAUUACCUGUUAAAAAAAAUUAUUUGCUGUUUAUUUAAUAACAAAUUGAUUUUUCACUUUUAUUAUUUUAAUACAGUUUUAGUGAAAAAUAGAAAUUAUAUAUAAAAAAAAAAUAUUAAUAACCAAUCCAUCAGUAUAAGUAGGCCUACUGUAAGGAUAAUUAGUGGCUAUUCCACAAUAAAAUUUACAUGGUAUGUUGUGUGCAAUCCAUUGUAGACAUUAUUAUACAGAAUCAGCCCCUGUCCCAGAUAUUGUAGCUUUGAAAUUAAUAAUUAGAAAUGGCCAGUUAUGGCUUUAUUAUUUUCACCCCCAUAAAUCAGGCUUUAGCAAGCUUAUUUUUAAAAAAAUCUAUUAUGUUAAGCAAAUAUGUCAAUGAUUUUCUACUGAUUUUAAGAAUCUUACAGAUAUUUAUUUUAAAUGAGAGCAUUUAUGAUUAAUUAUUAAAAUUAAGUCACCCAUUUUUUACAAAAUGUUGUUGGUCAUCACCGAUCUAUUAUGAUAGUACCUAUUAUAUACCCUUAAAAUGGAAAAAUCUUAAAAAAUCAACAGAUCUUUAUAUCCCUCAUGAAAAAUGUGCAAUAAUAAAUACCUUAAAAGUAACUAUUAUUUUCUAUCAUUUGCAAAUAUAACCUCAUAUUUAGUAACAUAAUAUGAGCAAAAAUCUUAAAUUCCUGGCCUGCUGUGUUAUUUUGAGACCAAGGCUAUUCAAAAAAUGUACCAUAAGCUUAGAGGGAGAUGAUAAAAUGUUUUUACUCUGUUUUUGUUUUUUCUGUUUUAUGCCAUUAUGCUUAUGACUUUCCUAGUCAUCAAGUUUAACAGUUUAAGAAGGGUUGGAGGGGGUGGGGGGCGCUUGUGAUAUUGCAGUUGAAUAAGGCUUGAUUGAACAUACUCAUGAAUAUGCCUAUAAAAACUGUGUGAACAUGAAUUGUAUGGAAGUCAAGUAUAAGUUUAGUAGCCUCUUAUUUGAUAAUUGAUGCAUGCAAUUAAAAGGUUAUUAAUAAGACACGAACAAAUUGUGUCAAUAGAACAAUAUGAGUUAGCUUUAAUAAUAAUUGUACAAUAUACAGAAUUAAACGUUUCGGCACAUGCCUUCAUCAGUACAAACAAACACAACACAUUUAAAUAAGUAUAAAUUAAAUUUACAUAAUGUCAAUAUAUAUAUCCUACCUAAAACAGAAAAAAUAUAGGAGAGGGCGCUUAAACGUGACAAAAACAAAGUAAAGAGAUGUAGAAAGGAAGUGAUUCAAACAAAGAAUUAAACGUUUCGGCACAUGCCUUCAUCAGUACAAACAAACACAACACAUUUAAAUAAGUAUAAAUUAAAUUUACAUAAUGUCAAUAUAUAUAUCCUACCUAAAACAGAAAAAAUAUAGGAGAGGGCGCUUAAACGUGACAAAAACAAAGUAAAGAGAUGUAGAAAGGAAGUGAUUCAAACAUAAUUGGAAAAACCAAACAGGAAAAAGACAUGGCAGCUAAGUAAAACUAUGGAUUUGGUUCAAUCCAUAUGGAGACAACGUACCAAAUCUAGUUAUUAAUUGCAGUCCAACACUUUUUAUAAUUAAUUAAAAGGUUGAAUGUUGAUUGAAAUCCUUUGUAUUGAAGAAUAUUUUUAUGCAAAUUAUGAUAGAUUUUAAUUGUUUAAUUUCUUAGACGUUAAUGUUUUAAAACACAUUUCUGAAUAAGCUUUUAAUUAAUUUGCCUUCUUUCUUCAAUCACAAUUCUUAGUAUAGGAGGGGUUCAAAGUUACCAUCUAGUUAUUCUUGUGAAAAAAAAAACAUUGAAUUCUUAAAACUAUAUAUCCACUCACUAAUAAAGAAAGGGACAAUACACAUGUUUACCUCAAAUGUUUGCUUCCCCAAUUAAAAUUUAAAAUAGUUUUGUUAAUUUUUUUACAUACAGGGUGGGCCAAUAAAAGUGAGAACAUUUCGUAGCGUAAUAUUUUACGAGAUGUUCUCACUUUUGUUGGCCCACCCUGUAUAUUAAUUUAUAUGUAUAUUAAAUACAAACAAGUGAAAUAAAAGUUACUUUUGAUAUUUAUUACUCUAUUUUAUACAAACAAUGUUAAUUUAUGAGCUUAAAUUCUUCUUUCAAGAAUGAACGGUCAGAAAUGAUCAAGGCUUUCUACAAGCACUUAACAUCCAAUGACCAGAACACAAGCCCGAAGGCUGCAGGACACUGGAGUACAUUGGAACUUGCCACAUUACGACCCCAAGUUGAUCCUGAAUACCUAAAGAGUGCUAAUGAUGAACAUCUUUGUAUAAAACUGGCUAUAAUUGAAUGGUAUUGGACUACAGAUUUAAAAUUAAAAGAAUUCAAUAUCAUAUUUUAGUGAUACUGUAUGUGUAGAAUAGUCAAGAUUUUUAAAGAGUAAGAGCUGAAUUUGAUUAGUUAAUAAUAUUUGGUUCAAAAAUAUAGUUACUAGUUUACUUUUCUUUUUUGCCUAGGGGCCUACCAUGUAUACAAAUCUGUUUAAAGAAGUAACACUCUCAUAUUUAUCUAAGCAAUUGAGGCAUAUUACAAAAUAAAAAUCCUACUUUUAAAAAAGGGAAAUGAAAAAUACCAGAAAAUUAUAAAAUGAAACACGAAGGAAGGCACCAAAAUUUUGUAGAGGGAAAAACUGUGAUUGAGAAAAUACAAAUAUAAUAGAAAUAGAAGAACUGGCAAAAAAGAUAUUUGUGUGGGAAAAUUAUCUCAAGGUAAAGUAGAAAGAAUUGCUUCCAAUCAAGGUCCCACAUGCAGUGGUGUAGGAGGGGUGGUCCACCCCAGGUUGCACUUCUUUUCUUUAUAUGGUGGGGCAGCAUUUUCUGCCAACUGAAGAACUUUCUAGCCCUAGCUACGCCACUGCCCACAUGUGUACAGGUAUAGAUGGGGAACAGAUUGCGGAGAACAACAGAGUACUUGAGAAAUAAACUCAACUAUUUGAUGAAAUUCUUAAUAUCUCAAAGGGAAGAGCCAAUGAGGAUUACAAAGUACCACAAGAAGGACCUGAUCCAUUGAUCAGCCAACUAUCUUUUUUCUUCUUAUGCUUUUUUACCCCAUCUGGGGCAAAGGCCGUCCACAAGAAUUUUCCAUUCAUCAUGGUUUUGUGCUUUCCUUUCCGGUUGCUACCAUGUGUAUCCCAUAUUUUUCGUGUCUGCUUCAAGAUUGUGUCUCCAUGUAUUCUUUGGCCUUACUCUCUUUCUUUUUCCCUGUGGAUUCCAUGUUAGAGACUGUCUGGUGAUGCAGUCUUAGGGUUUUCAAGAGUAUGCCCAAUCCACCUCCAUCUUUUCUUUGUGAUGUCUUUAUCAAUGGACACCUGGUAAGUCCUUUCUAGUAGAUCUUUGUUAGUGAUGGUAUUUUGCCAUUUGAUGUUCAAGAUUUUUCUAAGGCAUGUGUUAAUGGAAGUCUGUACUUUCUGCAUAAUGCUCGCUGUUGUUUUCCAAGUUUCUGCUCCACAUUGUAGAACUGUUUUUGACAUAAGUGUUAAAGAUUCUGAAUUUGGUUAGCAGCUUUAGCCCCUUCAACUCUCAUAUUUUCUUUAAUAGCACAAAUGCUGAUCUAGCUUUUCCAAUUCUGGCCCUUACAUUUGCUUCGGAUCCCCCAUUUAUGUCGAUGGUGCUGCCUACUAUAUCUUAAUAUGAUCUUGGCCAUGAAAAAUUAUAAAGCCCCAGGGAAAGAACUUAUCACUGCAGAACUGAUGAAACUAAGUGAAAACAAACUACAUAUACAAAUAACACAACAAAAAAAAAGAGAAAUAUAUCAGCUGUAGAAAAGACUCAAACAUAGUCAUGGUUAAUAAAAAUGGCAGGCUGUGCUGGUCAAGAAUUCUAGCUUAUAGAGGGAGCAAAAAUGGUUUACAGACAGAAACCAAGGGGUUUCAGAUUGAGACUGAAAUUGAUUGAUGAUGUAGAGUCAGAAUUAGAUCAGCAGAUAUAGACAAAAAGACAUUUAAUUGUUUUUCAGUGGAGGAAUGUGAUGAAACAGUCCAUAGCACUAAAUUCCUUUUUCAAGCAAACCUUUCAAUAAGUUUAAAGUAUAAGAAUAGUUUGUAUAAGUCUCAUUGCAGAGUUGCUAAAUUUAAAUUAUGUAAUCCUGAAAUUACUAUAGGCCUACAAUGAAUAUAUUUUCACUUGAUUUUAGCCAUUACUUCAUUAAUGGAGCAUUUUUUGAGUCUGAUUCAUGAAUUCUAGACAACGUCAAGAAAAUACAGCACAUUCCAAUUACACUAAUCAAUGGCAGAUUUGAUGUUCUUACACCUAUGGACAGAGGCGUAGCGUGGUGGGGGCAGGGGGGGGGGACAGAUGUCCCCUGGCGCCAGCUAGUUAGGGGCGCCAAAAUGUGCUUUGGUAUUAUUUUAUUGAUGAAAAUAAUGGGUUUGAGAGUUGAAAAAAAGAAAAAGGGGCGCUAAAAAUUGAUCUUGUCCCCGGGCGCGAAUCUUGUCCCCGAGCGCCAAACACCCUCGCUACGCCACUGCCUAUGGAGGCAGCCUGGAAAUUACAUAAGGUAUAUUUAAUCCCUAAAUACUUUACUGGGAGCUGUUUGCUUCUCUUCGUUGUUUUAGAUAUUUUAAUUGAAAGAAUGUUUUAAAAGUUAAUCAAUAGAAUAGUAACUGUGUUGAAGUUUUUUGGAAAAUAAUGGAAUUUGGCAGCAGCUGUUUUCCAAGUUUUACUCUCUUAAAAAUACCAUAAACCAGCUUUAGGCAAAGCAGGGCAGUAUGCUCUCCCCUAAUUGGGAUUAAGAACUAUUUUUAGUUGUUGAAAAGGAAAAGAUACUUUAUUACUAUAAAAAAAUAAAAAUAAAAAUCCAACUCUGUGCCAUUUGGUUUUAAAAUGUUUUUUUGAUUUGAAACUAUUUUACUCUAUAUUUAUACUUAAGAAGAACUGGGAACAUCUUAAUUUAGAGGCCAAACAGAUUUUAAUCUCCCCCUACAAUAAUUAGUAUAGACAAGACUAAUAAAGCAAUCUUAUUUAAUCUUUUUCAACAUUCCAACAUUAAGUAUAAAAAUAAUUAGAGUAUCAAAUUAAAUAAAAUUGUUUAGAUAAUUUUACAGUUGUAUUCAUUUAUGAAAGUCCUGAAAUAAUUUUGGACAGUGAAACGUUGAUACCGGUAUUUAUAUGAUUUUUUCCCCACCUAUUUAUUUUGACUAGGCACUACCACAAUCAGAGCUUGUAAUUGCGCCUUUAGAUGGUCACUCUGAUAAAGACCAAGAUAUCAGAUCUGCUCUAUUGGAAGCUACAGAAAAGUACAAAUACUUAUGAAUUUGUGCAAUGGCAUCAUGAAAUAGUCACUCUGAUCAAUUUUAAGUCCAAGAUAUCUGCUUUAUUGGAAGCUACACUGGCUGCAGGACGAAGAUAUCAAUAUCAGUCAUAAUCAGAUAUGCUCUAUUUGAAGCUACAGAAAUGUACAAAUACUAAUGAAUUUUGUAUUCAAUUAUUAAUAAUGAAUUGGAU